AUGUCCUUAGAGGACAUAGUGAAGAGUUUGGCGACUAGUACACAAGCUUUCCAACAAGAGACAAAAUCAAGCAUAAAGAACUUAGAGAAACAAGUUUCACAGCUUGCUACUUCCGUAAGCAAAUUAGAAUCUCAAGGAAAUUUACCUGCACAAACUGAAACAAACCCAAGGCACAACAUGUGUGCCAUCACAUUGAGAGGCGGAAAGAGCUAUGAUGGUCCAAAAGUGUCGGUUGAUCAAAAGGAAGAAGAAAUAGUGGUCGAAGAGGCAACCAAAGAAGAGAAGAAGGAAGAGAAAACAAUCGAAAAGAAGCCCUUCAUCACUGAGUCUAAAGCCACACCUGCUGCAUUUCCCAAAAGAUUAAAGAGCACGAAGAAAGAACGGGAGGGGAAUGAGAUCAUGCAAAUUCUCAAGAGAGUUCAAAUCAACAUUCCACUCCUCGAGGCCAUCAAGAAGGUACCUCGAUAUGCAAGGUUCGAUAAGGAUCUUUGUGUAUCUAAAAAGAAAUUAAAAGGAAAUCAAGUCGUAACAAUUGGGGAACAUGUAUCCGCGGUUUUGCAAAAGAGGAUGCCCCCGAAGUGCAAGGAUCCCGGAACAUUAAGCAAAACUGGUGUGAUCAUCCAACUUGCCGACCGGUCUUUGGUACACCCAAAGGGUGUACUAGAGGACGUGUUAGUGCAAGUCGAUGAAUUUAUCUUCCCGGCUGAUUUUUAUGUCUUAGAUAUGGGAGAUGAUGACUCUCCAAUUAUCAACUUCAAUGUUCAUGAAGCAAAAAAAGUUCCGUCCGAGGUUCAAUCCGUCAAUUUUGUGAAUUUGAUCGAGCCCUUAACUAAAAAGGGUUUAAGUUUGUCUAACAAUGAAUUUCUAGAGUUAGUUUUGCAAGGAAAACUUGACAGGGACAAAGCCAAAGAGCUUGCAAAGGAGGUCGAUAUGGACAAUGAGGUGUUGGAGAGUUUGGAGUUUAUUGAUGACAAGAAGCAUGUGAGGAGUGAUGAUAUAAAACCCAAGCCAUCCACCAAAGUCAAAAUCCUUCUACCGGUGGAACAAGCACUAGAUCCGGGAGCAAAAUCUCCACCGGACCCUUUAAAGCUAAUACGUGUCGAGAAGGAGAGCACUCAACCGGUCAUCAACUCAAAUAAACUAUCGAAGAAGGAAGAGAGUGAGUUGAUAACCAUGCUGAACAAAUACCAAAAAAGGAUUGAGUGGACAAUCUCUGAUAUUAAAAGGUUAAGUCCUUUUUGGUUUAUGCGCAAAAAGAAAGCCAAAGGAAGGUUGAAGGUUCCGUUGAAGGAGGUGGCAAGAAGAUUGAUGUGUUGGGGAGGCCCACAUACUUAG